UGAAUUCCGCGGGGCCUCCUCCCGUGUAAAGCAUGCGUGGCUGGGAUUCGGCGGCAAGGCAGCGAUCUCAGGCGCCUCUUCUUGCAGGCAAGCCCCCUACGAACCCAGCGAGACUGAUUUCUGAGGAAAACAGGCGUAAGGAUUCUCGGGACGUGAAUGAAAGAAAGCGCGUAGCCCCUCUGACUUACUUCCGGGAACACACGCACAGGGUGGGGAGGGGGUCGCCAGAUUGCAAAUCCCACGUGUGCCUACCCGCGGGUGAGCCCUACCGACUCCUAGGGACCUCCCCGCGAGGAAGCCUGCGUGGGACUGGGCUGUACAGGCUGCCAUCGUGGGCGCGCUUGAGAGUCAUUCCCUUCCGAGGCCAGCAGGACCGAGCUUCGUUCAGUCCGGAUCUUGCAAGCCCUCCCAGUUCAAACUCGGCAGCCUCCGCCUCCAGCUCCGCCUUUCCACGGGACUGGCUGAAUGUCCUUAGCCUCUUCUUCCCGGCUCAUUCUGGAGGACGUUUGCUUGCUUUCCGUUUUAUCUUCGCCGGUUCCUUCGGUCCUGGCCUUUUCCCCAUUUUCCUUGCAUUCAUAUAUAUGAGACGGAACUCCCAGUUUAUCCUCCCCGAGAUUUUCUGCAACGAGAGGCUGCCACCAUUGACAUUCCAUCCAGCUGGUCAACCUUGAAUGCAUUUGCCCGCACUGGCUUCGAAGUCCCUGAAAAUGAGGAGGGAAAUACCUGAGCAGGCAAAUGGAAUGAAGAGCCAUCUGGCCAUCGGCCACGAUGGCGAGAAUUGCUUUGGGGAGGAUGUUAAAUCCUUCUUGAGUGACGAACAGCACCUCCAUCGCCUUGACGAUCUUACCAAAGUGAAUCCUGUAACCACCACAACUGUCCUGAAGUGCCUCCAAGCGAGAUAUGCUGUGGACAUAUUUUAUACCAACGCUGGAAGCAGCCUGGUGGCCGUCAACCCCUUUCAACCGAUCCCAUCUCUCUACUCGCUGGAGCUGAUGAGAGAAUACCACACUGCCCCCCGCCUUCAGGAACUAAAACCUCACGUUUUCGUGGUGGCAGAGGAAGCGUAUAGAAACCUCCAAAGCCAGAUCCCACCAGUAAACCAGUCCAUCAUUGUCAGCGGUGAAAGCGGUGCUGGAAAGACGUGGACAUCUCGUUGCCUGAUGAAAUUUUACGCCACAGUCGCCACAUCAUCUACCGUCCCAAAAGGCAGUGUGACAGUGGAAAGGAUAGAGAAGAGAGUACUGGACUCCAAUCCAGUGAUGGAAGCUUUUGGAAAUGCCUGUACUCUGCGGAACAGCAACAGCAGCCGUUUUGGAAAAUACAUCCAGCUUCAGUUAAACAGAUCUCAGCAUCUAACUAGUGCCUCUAUUCAGACAUUCCUGCUGGAGAAAACAAGAGUUGCCUAUCAAGCCCCGCAUGAAAGGAACUUCCAUAUUUUCUAUCAGAUUGCAAAAGGUGCCAGUCAAGAAGAGCAGCUGGAAUGGGAUCUCCCCAAAGGGGCGAACUUCCUCUGGCUGCCAAAUCCUGAAAAGACUCUAGAAGAGGACUCCUUUGAGGUGACACGAGAGGCAAUGUCUCAUCUGGGCAUCGAUUGCUCCACUCAGCAUAACGUUUUCAAGAUAUUAGCAGGGCUUCUCCACUUGGGAAACAUCCAGUUUUCUGAGCCUGAGGAUGAGUCGCAGCCUUGUGAGCUUGAAGGCUGCAGCAGAGGUUUUGCAAUGACAGCUUCCAGAUUGUUAAAGGUGCCUGUAGAAGAGCUGUCGGAAACACUCAGGAUCCGGACGAUAAGAGCCGGGAAACAACAGCAGGUAUUCAAGAAGGUCUGUCCCAAGACAGAAUGCGGGACUAGGAGAGACUGUCUUGCCAAAGUUGUCUACGCCAGGGUGUUUGACUGGCUGGUGGCCGUCAUCAACGGAAGCAUCUAUGCAGAUCCUUCUGUGUGGAGCAACUUCAUAGGUCUGUUGGAUGUUUACGGCUUUGAAUCUUUUCCGGACAACCACCUGGAGCAGCUGUGCAUCAACUAUGCCAAUGAGAAACUACAACAGCAUUUUGUGGGCCAUUUCCUUAAAGCACAGCAGGAAGAAUAUGCCACAGAAGGUCUGGAAUGGUCUUUCAUAAACUACGAAGAUAAUCUGUGCUGCCUGGAUGUGAUCGAAGGCAGUCCUGUCAGCAUCUUCUCUUUGCUGAAUGAGGAAUGCCGCCUCAACAGGCCCUCCAACGCCGGCCAGCUUCAGUCCCGGAUUGAGAUUGCUUUGUCCGAUCACCGCUGCAUUGGCAGGGACCGCUUUAGUAAGAAGCCGAACUUCACUGUUUCCCAUUACGCCGGAGACGUCCGCUAUCAGGUGGAGGGCAUGGUGGAAAAGAACAAGGACCCCGUUCCCCCAGAAUUGGUCCUUCUGCUCCAGCUCUCCCAAGAUUCCUUGCUUCAGAAAUUAUUUCCUGUGGAAAGCACGAGCCAAAAAACGAAUGACGUCAAACCUCAGACGAAACCAGUGGUGGUUACAGUGGUCUCCAAAUUUAAGGGUUCACUGGAGAAGCUGAUGGGGAUCCUGCACAGCACCACUCCCCACUACGUCAGGUGCAUCAAGCCCAACGCGGAUUGCGCGGCAGCUCUUUUCCGAAAGGAUGAGGUUCUCGAUCAGCUGGAGGCAUGCGGCAUUGUGGAAGCCGUCAACAUCAGUGCCGCAGGAUUUCCGAUUAGGAUCUCCUUCGGAAGCUUUGCGGAACGUUACAAAGUGCUUCGGAGAUCACAAAGGCUGGACCCAAACACCACGCCUCGGGAGAACAGCUUUUCCCACGUUAUGGGAAACGGCUGGACAGCGGCUUCUAUGGAGGGUGAAAGCGAUGCUUUACGCUCCACGGUCUGGGGCAUCCUUCAGCUAGUGCGCCCACCUGGUGCUCCUCCCCUCAAAGCUGCAAAGAGCAAUCCCUCUGCUACACCGGUGUAUUGUGGCAAAACCAAAGUAUUUAUGACCAACUCCAUGUUGGAACUGCUUGAAGCGCAGAGAGCCGGGGUCUUAUCCGAGAAAGCGUUCUGCAUCCAGUGCUGUUGGCGGAGGUUUAAGAGGCGGAAGGUGGCGAAACAGAGAGAGUCUGCCACAAUCAUCCAGUCCGCUGUUCGCUCAUGGUUAGCCAGGAAACAUUUCCAGAGGAUACGCAAAGCAGCCACGGUUAUAAAACGGACCUGGAGGAGAUGGAAGGCCAAGAUGAAUGUCCUGGCAGCAGAGGAACUGGAUGACCUAGAUAGAAACGCUCACCCCUCUGUCUCGGGGGCGCUCGUUUCCUCGAGCGAAUCGGAUAAAUCAUGUACACUAAAUGCCGCAAUCCAAUUCUGGCCUCUUGGGCUUGUCCUUCCAAGCACCCGGGCAACAGUGGGGGGGUUCCAGAGAGAGCUCGCCCUCCUGGCGUGCCUCCAAGUCCUCCGGCAGAAUGACUGUUACAAGGCAAAGGCCAAGCUGUCUGCACAAGGGAUCACCUCCAUCAGAGCACUCCCACAGGGCUCCAUCAAGUUCCAUUGCAGGAAAUCUCCGCUGCUUUACGCCGACACCCGGCCGCACACCCACGCCUGCACCAUGACCGGCUUCAACCAAAUUCUCCUUGACAACUAUGAGCUUCUUUCAGUUUGAAAAUGGACUUUGGGGCACUUUUAUUGACAUAUAAGUAUUUAUUGCACUUUUAAACUUCCUCACCCCACCAGAACCUUCAUCAGGCUGCUCUUCCUUCCACUGCAUCUCCCCUAGCACGGUUCAGAUCGUCCUUUGGUGUGUAGAAUCUCCUGGUGGAGGGUCACAGGAGCCAGUCCCUAUCACUACUACCACCCACACACGCCUGUGUGCACAUCGCAUCUAUAAGUCUGUCGGCCCUACACACGCAUGCUGUCCAUCUGUUCAAAACGCAGAAGGAAGUUAGCAUGUGCACCCACCCGCACUCUUCUCUGGAGAGUCAUGGGGUGGCAGAGCAGUUUAAAGUGGCCCACAGCUACUCCCCUUCACCCAGCGGUGUGUUCAACAACUCGUCUGGGAGCCAGAGGUGACCUGGGUGAGAGAUCACUUGGUUUCCACGCUAGCCAUAGUGGAGCUGAAGCCCUUUUGGGAUGCAUCCCUCUGGGAGCCUGGUUGAUCAAAGGCAUUUUUAAACUAGUCUGCUAAGAUGUUAGGAGCCUACAUUUCCUCCGCUGCAGCCAGCGUGGCAGUGUAGGCUACUAGCUUCUGAGUGAGCUAGCAAAAAAAUAAUAAAAUUGCAGGCUUCAGUAUAUAUGUAUGUGUAUGGAAACCAAAGAUAACCUUUUUUAAUAUUGUGAAAACUUUUAAACUAUUUUUUAAAAACUUUAUUUCAAUACAGGGUUGUUCUCCCAGACAGGUAGUGACAAACACACUGUUGCUUUUUUGGCAUUUUAGAAACCCAGAUGUACACCAGUAAUUCUUCUGAGGCAGCCUUUGGCAACCUGGUGCCCUCCAGCUAUCUUGGACUACAGCUCCCACUGACCCCUGUUAGGACACUGCUGUGCUGGCUGGGGGCAGAUGAGACGCUGUAGGCCAAGACAAAUGGAGGGCAUCAGGUUGGCUACUCCAGGGCAAGAUGAAGCCACUGGGCUCUGGCUGUUCAGCAUUUCAAACAGCUCAGAGACAAUUCAGAGAACAGGUCAAGUCCUUGCUGCACCCAGUUUUCUGCAUAUCAAGACUAUUUUAAUAAAGACUGUAAUUAUUAAAUGCCUUGC